CUCGGGUGUACGGGCGAGAGAGAAUUAUGAAUGGUAUUAAAUGGAACUCGACGCUGUUCUACUAUCAUCAUAGGACUAGUACCCGAGAUGUCAACUUCAUUAAUUCAUUUCUCAAUUAACGGUUAAUGAGGAGAAAACUGAAAAAUGGAUUUUAUAUAGUUUUAUGGAAUUUUAAUUCAAUGGUGCCGCCGCUAUCUUCGGUAUUUGAAAGUGGAAAAAAAUAUGUGAGUUGAUUUUGGGUAGUUCGUUUCUUUCAGAGAAAACUUCAAUAUACUUUGUGAAAAUCUUUGAAGAUAAGACAAAAAUUGUGAUUUUUCUGUUAUAAAAAUAUUUAUUUGUGAAGAUUAUAAUUUUGUGACUCUACUUUGAGAAUUAUUUUCAUCUCAUGAUGAAAUAUGAUCUCGUAUACAAACGAAAUAUUAUUUACCCUGCUGCUUGAACAAUCCACCCGACACCCGAGAUUUGCCGAUCAGAUAUGUGGCUCAACAGACAUCGACUCAAUGGAUUAAUAUUAACAUAUCUUACAUUGUCGGAGGUUGCGUUCUUGACACAAGGCUGUAUUCUAUUGCUAAAUGGUUGGACACCAAUAUCCGUUUACAACCGAACGCUCCUAGCAGACGUUGUCGUUUCCGGUUUCGUGCAUGAAACUUACAAGGACUUCCGGUCCCAGGAUUUGACGUACAGUGCCAAGAUAGAACUGGUGACCGUUUAUAAAGGUCAGGAACUGGUCGACAAUCUGACUUCUGUGGCCAAAAAUACAUUUGUCAUUAGUAAUUUCGGGGAUAAGAAAAUGUGUUAUGCCGACAUCCAGGAGAAUGAAAUGUACAUAUUGUUUUUGACGGUGUACAAGCGGCGGCUGUCAGCCAAGUAUGAUGAUAUCUUCGGCGCUGCCACCGAACUCACAAAACCCAGGGAGGAAGAGAUACUCACUCACUUAGGUUGGAAUUUCUGGUCGCCAUGGGAAUCCUGCAGCGCCACCUGUGGGGGAGGAACUCAGGUCAGACGACGGGGCUGCAGCACUCCAGCCACUUCCUGUUCGAGCGAGGCUUCAGAGAACAGAGCCUGCAAUGGUUUCUCAUGCAAAGGAACCACAGAUGUACUCCAAGCAUUAGGACUACCAAAGUUCCCUCACGGUGUUUCUACAGAUCUCAAUAGAACUUCGGCUUACAUUGUAAACAGUGAAGCUAAUUUAUACAUCCCGCUCUCCGAUCUCUACAGAGGUAAAUUUCCGAAGGAUUUCUCCAUAUUAAUCACUGCCAAGCUUAACACAUCGUCCGAUGGAUAUUUAUUAACCUUUAGUGAUAUCAUGGGCCAACAGAAAAUGGCCAUAAAGUAUGGCGAAGGACUUACGUUGGAAUACUACGAUCAGAACGGACUGCCUGGGCCCAAAUCUCCCGGAUUUAGGGAGAGUCUGACUGAUUCCACUUGGCACCAGUUUGCCUUUAGUGUGGAGGACCAGCUUGUGACGCUGUUUGUUGACUGUGAGAAAGUGAAGUCCCAGUUCUUUGGGCGGACAAAGGACCCGUAUGUAGGGGUCAACCUUAUGCUGGCUCUGGGUCCCUACUUUGCGAGAUACGGCUCUCCUUUCGAGGGCUCCAUCCAGCAGUUGGUAGUUGCUCAGGACCCUUCUGCGGCCGAACAGCAGUGUUCGACCAAACUUCAGAAUGGGGGCAACAGAAGUGUACGUGAGCAAGCUGUCAAGGACGACAGUCAGGUCAGCACCGCACAGAGGCAGACUCAGUCCGAACAAUCCCAGCCGGAUAAAACGGAUUCCAAACCUGCUGUAAAAAACGCAACCACAUCAACACUGAAUACUCAAGCAAACCAAUACGUGUAUGUUGAUUGGUCGGAGUGGUCAACAUGCAGCGCCUCCUGUGGGAUGGGAUUUCAGUCCCGCACCCGUUACUGUGGCAACAAUGACCUUGACAAUUGUCUAGAAAAAGAAAAUCAACUGAUCCAAACGAGGGCUUGUGGGGGCAAAACAUGUUCUGAUAAUGCUGUUGAAGAUUGUGCUUCUGUCUGCUUUAAUGGGGGGUCAUGCAGGUCAGACGGAAAUUGUGUUUGUCCCAAAGGUUACAAAGGAAAACAGUGCCAAAAAGCAAUAUGCAGUCCACGUUGUAAAAACGGCGGGAAAUGCAUACGCCCGGGGGUGUGUUCCUGUCCCCCGGGCUACAGAAAGCCUACCUGCAAAGGUGGAUGUAAUAUUAAGUGCCAAAAUGGAGGAGAAUGUUGGAGAAAAAACAAAUGCAAGUGUAAAAAGGGUUACAAAGGAAAGGACUGUUCUAUUCCGGUCUGUCGGCGCAAGUGCAGUAAUGGCGGUAAAUGUGUAGCACCAAAUAAGUGUUCAUGUCGGCGGGAUUACAAGGGGAGACGAUGUCAAAAAGCAAUUUGCAAGCCUAAAUGUAAAAAUGGCGGAUCAUGCAUAUUUCCCAACGUCUGCAAGUGCAAUGCGGGAUUUUAUGGUCCCCACUGCGAACAAUAUAAGUGCAGAAGACGUUGUAAGAAUGGCGGAUUCUGUGUGGGGCCCAACAAAUGUAGAUGUCAGCCGGGCUACUCGGGGAAAUGGUGUCAAAUAGGUCGAUGCAAUCAUCCUUGUCUAAAUGGCGGGAAAUGUCGAAACAACAAAUGCAGAUGUACUGCCGGAUGGAAAGGGGAGAGAUGCACCGUCAGAGGCUGUAGCUAUGAGCGGUACACUGUUCCGUACGACAGAUCCUACAAGAGAAUGGUGAGGGAGGAAUACAUCACUAAGUGUGGACCCUGGAGCUGGAAAUCCUGUGUCAAAACCAGAAUUCGUUAUGAAAUUGUGACGAAAACAACUUACAAAUAUUCCUACAAGUGUGUCUGAGAAAAAAUAGAACCAAAACUAAGAAUAGAAGUGCAAGGCCCGUUAUCAAAAUACUUCUGAGUUAGCGGCACCAGGAGCAAUAGCGACAAAAGGCAGAAGCAACAUUCACAGCAACAGCAACAAAACCGACGUCUGUUGAUAGCAACAAUGUCCAAGUACAACGCAUCUUGUUAUAUCUGACGUCCCUAGUGUGCUGGUCAUUUUCAAGAAGACUUUUAUCGGACCAUUUUCAGUAGAUUUUAACGCUCUAAUUGAAAAAAUCUACAAAUUUGAUUAAACUUUUCAUCUUGGGAUAUGUGUUGUACCCGAAUACGUAUUAGACAGACGCCCGAAAAAGGGGGAGACAAAUCACGGCUGGAACCGUGAUAAAGUCACAUGACAAGAAAUAGUGACUACCAUGGAAUCAAAUCCUCAUUCUUAAGAUACCUCAGCUCAUUUCAUUCAUAAGCAUUCCAUGUACCGUAUUUAUAUUUGUUUAGGUAAUUUCAUCCAGAAACAUUUGGACUUGUGAAGCAUUCAGUGGCAGAAAAAAUGAAAGAUAACCAAAUUAUGGGGAGAAAGAAAUGUGGAACCCUUUAUCAAAUUUAAUUCAUGAAUAUUCAUUUACAACAUUUUAUGUUGAUUUGUAAUUAUCAUUUUACUUGCCAUCAAGUUGCACAAAUUAUUUAUUUCAUAAAACAUAUUCAUUUACAAAAUCAUACCACUGCUUGAAUAUUAUUACCAAGUAUAUAUGAUAAACUUAUCGUUUUACCAAUCUGUACUUCUUAAAUGUUGCAAUUGUAGCGGCAUUGUUCUAUAUUUUCAAUAAAUAUUUUUUUACACACACAA